UUGUUGUCUAAUUAAGUGUUUUACGAAGGGAAGAGUUUGCAAGGAAUAUUAUUAAUGAAAGCUACGGAAUAUUAAAUGUGAUUUUAUAUUGGUAUACAUGGAAUAUGUUAUUCUAAUUAGCUGAAACAGGCAUGGUUUUCACACCACACAACGGGUGACUCCACACCAGGCCACAUAUGGUGAAACCACACAGCACAGAUGUAUUUAAAUCAAAGUUUCCGCUGUUCAACCAGUUGCUAAGAGAAAACAACACGAGAUGUCCCGCAACUGCUCCCGUUUUAACCCAAAGUGACUGCAUUUACCGGAAAGACGGGAAUUACCGGAAAGAAAAUACAUUCCAGGAGAGUCGAAACUACUGGAAAGAAAUGGACAGUGAAAAGAAUCCCUGUAUAGGGGAUGGAUCUUCCUCCCCAAUCGUUCUGCAAGAUCCGCCAAAGUCGAAACUCAAACGGCAACUCUCUGUGGACACUACGGAGAAAUCCGAAGCACUCCGCAUUCACAAGAAGGCCGCCAUUACUGAGCGCUCUUUGAGUCCUAGAAAACGAAUAGAAGCGGAAAGAAGCAUCCUGCCCCAAUCAAGUCAAUUACCGGAAAGAAAACAGUUUAUCUUGGAGGCAGAUGAAGUUGAUGGAAGUGCACCGAUUCAGUCAACAAGGUUACGUGCUUAUGAUCGCCAAGAAUCCGACUUCGACGACAACGAUUCUUUGAGUCGUUCAAGACGAAAUCUUAAACGAACGAUUACGUCAGAUGACGACGUCAUCAAACAUGGCGCGCCUCCCAGCAGAGUUCCUCACAUUUACUGCAGUCCUUCAGGCGAUGACCGAGAAAACCCGUACGAAAACUCGUCCCUUCUCAGUCCUAACAGAUUCAACCUUGCAGACAUCGGUCUAACUUCCCCGUUCAUGCAAAAUCUGACACCACGUGGUACGAAAGCCGAGGAUGAAGUGUUCGUUUUCCCUGAUACUGUUCCUCCUAGAAAACUGUCUCCAUACAAAGCGUCUAGUGAGCCUGAUGAAGGCGGCAGAGAAGCGUCUGAACGAUAUGGAAGACAGACGCGGGAUACAUGUCGAAGUGAGUUUGAAAGAGACAGUGAUAAGCAUUAUAGUAAAGACAGGGGCCGUGCUUAUGAGAGGGAAAGGGAGGCUCUAGGUAUUUAUUCUGACAAUGAUACCUUUAAACAGGAAUAUGUAACGUCGAAGGGGUUCGUGUGGCCUAAAGUGGCACAAGUGACUGAAUCAACGCCCCUUAGCCCGCGAGUUGUCACUGCCGAGUGUAAAACUCGCGCAUCUGUUUCCAGUGCGACCUCAAAAAGGUCUCAUUACGACGAUCUUAACGAAAGUGAGCUUCGCACCACACUGCGCAUACUCGAACGCGAAUAUGCGCGCGCAAAAGAAACAUUCGGAUCACCUCCACCACGUGAUUUCGAGGAAUCUGAAUUAUCGUCGAGUUCUCGUUCUCGAGUACCGCGAGAGUGGGAGCGACGAGGAAUAAGCUGUAUAGACCGAUCCCCGAACGAAAAAGACAUUAAAACAACGAGAGAGGAAAUGAGAAAGAUUUAUGAGCGGUCCAUAUCGGAUCCAAGGUACAGCCCGGCCCAGGCGAGGAGCAUCAUACAGAAACCCAGCCCCCUUGCCAUGGAACAUACAAGCCCGAGGGUGGGGGCGGUUGAGGGACACAACGACCCGGGGUCCUCAGAACGUUUCCGGGAGCCGUAUCGUGAUGACGUCAGAAGGCGCCUCUUCAUGAAGGGGCCUUACCAGUCAGAUUAUCAGCGCCAGACGUCACACCCGGAGCGCAUGCGCGGUGCGCCGGAAGUGCCUGUUUCCACGGAGAUACCGGACGAAGUGCUGCAGUUCCUUCAGUCUCGAAACUUCCAUCCUGAACAGCUGGAGAAUCUGAAAGAUAUCUUGCGUAGAGGGGGCGCACCACCUUCGUCCUUAUCGUCACCCUCCAAGUCAUUUCCGUAUUCUGCUACGUCAUCAACACAUUAUGAUGACGUCACCAGUGAUUAUGGCGUGUUCCGAGGUCAAGGUCUCCAAUCAGAAGGCAAACGGGCAAGUGGGCAUGUUCGGGAGAGACGCUUAGGUAGUGAUAUUGACGUACGGGUCACGUGUGAGAAGAUCUCGGAGCGCACGAGCCAGGUACAAGAGAUACUGCGAGAACUUGACCAUGAUGACAAGGAAUGCAAAUGUGCGAAAAUAGAGGAGGAGAUCAAGUCCAUGGCCAUAAAUGCUUACAGCAAGAUCCUUCGAGCCGACCGGGGGAUGGAGGCUUACGAACAAUUCCAGCGAGAAAAGGCGGAGACAGACACCCUGGUUUACAACUCCAUGAAGAACCUGUGCGGGAUCAAGUGUCUGUGUAAAUACGGGCGGACCUUGGAGGAGGUGUACAGUGGAAGUGUGGUGUUCCGACUGAACUGUCCCACAAGGGACGCUCUGUUGGAUUUGUGGCACACGUAUAAGGUUGGAGACCUUACAAAACAGAUACAAGCUGCAUUUGUAACCGACUCGCUCUUGGAGAAAUUCAACUGUGAAGAAAUCGUGCUCAAGGUUGAAAUUAUAUGGAAGGAAUAUCUGCACUGCAAAGAGGAACUUGAACUGCUUGCGGAAAACAACGCCAACCGCACCCCGACCAAGCAGAUUGCCGUGAUCCACGCCAGGUCCCAUUCCGAGCCCGCGUCCGUGUCCCGACAAGCCAAUCAGAUUCUGUUUCAUAAAGGGCCCCUUUCCCCUUUCCGUGAGCGGAUGUCCUCGGACUCCUCCGUUGAGCUGUCGCCGAGUCGAAAGGCAUUCCAGGAAAUUUUCAGCAAUGCCGGGAAGUUCCCCAUCCACCCGCCACCAAAAGCUAAGAAGCUCUCCGACAUUCUGUCUCCUAGCAACAUCGAGGAACGCACCAGCAGUCCAACCCAGCGGCGGCGGCAGUCGUCUGAACUAGAGCAAGAAAAUGUGGCGUCACGGGAUCCCGUAUAUGUGUGAAUAUAUUCCCUAUGACGUCAUCGGAUAUAGUUUUCAAGUUUUCAAGUUUCAAGUUGUAGUUAUAAUAAACCAGAAGAUCGUAGACCCAUGAGGCAUAAAGUGUCCAUAUAAGAGGACAUGUAGUAGUCUUUAAAACAAGAAAGAGUGAAAAACAAUCAUGAUAUUUUCAGACAAAAACGUCUCAAAAGUAUGGUUUGAUUAAAAAAAAUCUUAAACUUAAGGUUUUAAUUUAAAACCUGACUAUAUAACUUGUUUUGUUAUAUUGUUACAUGUAUAAAAUACCCGAUACAUCUUCCAUUUGUAUUAUAUUUUACAUUUCUAAUUUAUUUUACUCCUUUUUGUGUUCAUUGCUUUAUAGUUUUAUGUAUCAUAUUAGCUAUAAUUAGCCACUGUUUAUAAAGCGAAACAAUCUGUUUAAAAUCAGUAUCUUGUUAGUUUUAAGUCUUUUUCUUCAAUUUUUCAAAUCGUUCAAAGGACGUUAUUAAAUAUAACUUGAAUUGAAUAGGUAGACUGGAAAUGUUGGACUAGGUCUAAUUAAAUUUUUAAAUUAAUGAUAACAAGUUAAACAAUUGAUUCGAUUUCAGGCAUUUUUUUUUUAUACAACUGGUUCGUUUUCUUGAUCUAAUGACUUUUUCGCACGCUCAAGCAUAAAAUAAACCAGUACGUUCAUACGUCAGUGACGUCAUAACAAAACAUACCGUGUUCUUUAUCUCUAUUUAUAUAAUUCUACUUUGUGUUAUAACUAUUAUACUUUGUUCUUUUAUGUUUUAAAUUAUUUGAUAUAUUCUAUGGUACUUUUAUGACUUGUUUAAAGAUAUUCGGCAUAUUGAAUAUUUCGAUUUACAAUAAUUCAGUUCUAUUCUCUGUUAAAAUGGUGAUCAAUAAAUAAAAACAAGUUUUAAUGCAUUUUA